GGGGGGGUCGUGCACUGUAGGAUGUGGCUGUUGAGACCAAUUUCUUAUCCACCCGGCCCAGGCCCCACUAUCUACCCAAAUGGUCCGUCCGCUGUCCUUGAGCUGCUCUGCGGUAAUAGUUAGCCUCUGCCUGGGGCUGCACAGCGACGUCGUCAGCGCCAGUGUCAGUGGCCGUUCCACUGCUUUGCUUUGCUUUUGCUUGCUUGCUUGGAGCUCGACUAACUAGGUAGAGAGAGAGAGGGACCCACCAUAUCCAAACCAACGACGACAUCCUACGCAUACUCCCGCCAACGCCAUCCAGAUCGAAGCUUAUCAGAAGAGCUCGCAAGCUUCGUACACAUAGAUUGGAUUUAAUCCAUUCUUCCACACACUGGCUCAGAGCAGCUGGCCUCUUCAUUUCGCCCCGUCUGAAUCAACACUCAAUCCCUCCCCCAUAUCACUCAUACAAAGCCGACAACAUGUCGCAAGUCCACGCCAUGUCGGACGCUCAGGUCGACCAGGAGCUCAAGAAGAUGACGGCCUUCAUCAAGCAAGAAGCGCUCGAGAAGGCCCGCGAGAUCGAGAUAAAAGCCAACGAGGAGUUCUCCAUCGAGAAGUCCAAGUUGGUGCGCCAGGAGACGGACAGCAUCGACGCCUCGUACGCCAAGAAGUUCAAGCAGGCCUCCAUGACCCAGCAGAUCACCCGCUCCACUGUCGCCAACAAGACGCGGCUCAAGGUCCUGGGCGCCCGCCAGGAGCUGCUCGACGACAUCUUCGACGCCGCCGCCAAGAAGCUCCCCGGCGGCACCAAGGACGACAAGAAGCACAGGGCCGUCCUCAAGAACCUGCUGCUCGAGGGCCUCUACGCCCUCAGCGAGGACGAGAUCAGCGUGAGGGGCCGCAAGAAGGACGCCAAGAUCCUCAAGGGCGCCAUCGAGGACGCCGAGAAGGAGUACAAGGACAAGACGGGCAAGGAGACCAAGGUCAGCAUCGAUGAGGAGAACGCCCUGCCAGAGGAGAGCGCCGGAGGUGUUGUCAUCGUGGGAGGCCAGGGCAAGAUUGACAUCAACAACACAUUCGAGGAGCGCCUAAAGCUGCUGCAAGAAGUCGCUCUGCCCGCGGUACGAAAGACGCUGUUCGGUGACAACCCUAACCGCAAGUUCUUUGAUUAAGGGGCUAGGACGGGGACAAGCGACGUUCAACGGGUACUGUUAUCGGAGCAUAGGAAGACGGAGGCUGUCCAGAAUAUACUAUUUAUCAUGCAUCGUUUUGUUUCGGAACCUGGAUUUUUCAGCAUGCUUUCCUCCGGUGUCCGAUGGUCUAGAUCGUGGACGAUGUGUAUACAUACAGCGGAGGGACAAGUUUCCGCACACAAGCAGGUUGAUUUCAAUACAUCAAUGAUUUCAAUUACUUCGCUAAUCGUGAUCGGCAUCCUAGGAGAGAUGAUGACUUGUGCGUCCGGAGAACUUUUACCCAUCAGACGGCACUGGCCUUAUUGUUUGUUUGUUCUUUGUUUGUUUGUUCUUUGUUUGUUUGU